AUGGCUGCGAAGCGGCGGCGGCUCGACAUGGAGUCUCUGGCGCUCGAAGAGAGCGUUCAAAAGCGCAUUGCUGCGUCGUAUCUGAUCAACUUUCGAGAGACAUUCGGUUACUCCAGCGGGCCGGGGCGGGUGUCCCCCGUCGGGAACUGCCUGCCCUGUUAUCAAGAGCGCUAUUUAAAAGGGCUGCGCGUGGAAAAUCACAUCCUCGCGAUUCUCGGGCUUUGGCUGCCAGCGGAUGUGGCUGGCGCAAAUACACUCCGAAUUACCGCAUAUGUGAGUAGCCUCGUGGUCUUUGCUCGGCGGAGGCCCGUGGACAGCCGCACAUAUCCAGCGGUGCAGUCGGACUAUGCGAAGGCGGCCUGA